AUGGUGUCUAAAUGUCACACAGAGUUGCUAAAUGAAGCUUUCUGGCAGGAGAUGCUGACGACUCAGAGCCAGAACUGCUACAGAGAGCAGAUCCAGAAGGAGAUGUUGACCCGUUUGUCCUGGAAGAAACGCUACAGCCACCUGUACCCCUCCAACGAUCCCCAAAACAUCAGCACCGAGGGGACUAAUCUGCCCGGCAACACACAGAACCCAAAGGCUGUCCUGCCUCCUGUCACCAAAACAAACAAGAAGCAGAGCGACCUUCCUCUUCCUCCUCUUCCUCCUCCUCCUCAUCUCCCUCCUCCUGAGAUCUCUCUGGAGGGGGAGGGUCUUCCCAAUGUCUCCCCCCUCAUGAGGCCAGUCUCUCCAAACACCAGACACGCUCUCUACCAGGACUCAUCGCACCACGGUAAAGGGCGCAGUCUGUACCUGCAGAGACGAGGAAACAUCCGACCCGAGGAGAAGUUUGACUUUCCUCUGCUCUCGUCCUGGGAGUACGGCUGGAGGCUGGGUGACUACACUCUGGAUUACAAAACUCCAUCCCGCGCCAAAUCCUCCGUGGUGAAGAGCACCUUCUACGCCAGAAACGGUGUGUUCAGCAACCCGUCAGCCAGCGACUCACUGGGCUGA